CCUUGCCCCAUACACCACCUGGAAAGCUUUGCAGGGUGGCACCUGGCGCAUAGUGGGGACUAACUAGGUAACUUAAAAAAGUAAUUUCAAAAUUAAUUGAGGAUUUUAAGUUCUGCUCUUCUCUGAAUUCGAUGACUUCAAAAUCAGCAAGAACCUGUACUUCAAUUAGUCUUUCUGCAUUUUGUAAAUUUACCUUAACAGCUACCAAUAGUCAACUGUCAUAUUUUCAUUUACCACAUAGUACCUACAGUCAAUGUAUAAUUAUCAUUUUAUCAUUUCAGUUUAUUUUUCCAAGAAAAUCUUCAUCACUUAGUAAUAUCAAAAAUUUUUGCAGCAUACAAUCUCCACAAUUAAAGAGAGUAAACUCUUUAGCUGAAUUGAAGAAGGAGGGGACCACAGCUCUGUUAGAGAUUAAGGAUGAUGUGCAAAGCAGUAUAAGAGAGGUGAUGUUUCAGAAAGCAAAGGAGUUGGAACGUCGUGGGAUAAUUGAGCAAAACGCAACUGAGGAAGUCACUUCUGCAAAAGAAAAUAUAGAUACCAUCUUAGACACCAUUCAGGACAAUCACAGCCUAAGAGAUCUGUCUGUUUCUCUCAUUGAAGCAUCUAGAAAAGCUGGCAUCAGUUACAUUGUUUAUCCCAAGAAAAAGAAGCUGAAAUGGAAGAAAGGACAGAAAUUCACUAAACUUCCAUUUGUGUUGGAUGCAUUAUCCAAGCCUCCAAAUAUUCUAAAAAGGGCAAUGUCUCAUGAAAUCCUUCCUGGACAGAAGAAAUAUUUGCUCAGAGUUCCAUUGUAUGAACGUCAAAUACGAUGUCCCAGCGUACCUUCAUUGUUAAAUUUUGACAAAUUUGCCCAAACUAUGGGAGGGAUUCCAGAAAAUAAUGACCCUCGAACAUGGGUUCUUGAUAUAUUCUCUAAGCAUAAACCUCAGAAGACAACCACAAAAGAGAAAGUUGCUAGUACACGUGUUCAGAAAGACUUGUCUAAUGAAGUGAAAGAACUACCAAAACUAGAACUAAGUGAUUCUGUGAAGUGUGAUCUUUCUCCAGAGGUCAUUAAACAUUUUGAAUCUGAAGUGGAGAUCUUGACUGAAGAAAUAAAUAAUAAGAAAGUAUAUCCUGCAUUUCCAUAUUGUAGGCGUGGAGCUCUGUACAGGAAACUGGGAAAAUUACAGAGUGCCAUGAAUGAUCUACAGGAAGCUAUACUCUUGGAACCAUUGUUUCUCAAUGCCUUUUGGCACCGACAUCUCAUUUAUCUUUUCCAAGACAAAAUUAAUGAAGCUUUGGAUGACUUGAAUUAUAUAAAUAAAUAUAAUAAAAAUAAUGCAGAGGCAUAUUUGUCCAAGGCAGAAAUUUACAGGAAAAAGAAAGAUAUCACUCUGGCAAUUCUAAACUAUACCCAGGCAAUUAAGUGCAAGCCCACGGAUGCUGACAUAUAUUUCAGGAGGGGUGAGAUGUAUGAAAUAACAAACAGAGUGCUGGCCAUGGAUGACUUCGCAAAAUGCAUUUUGUAUGAUCCCACAAGAACAGAUGCAUUAUUGAAGCGUGGAAUGUUUUACUAUGAAAAUGAAAGCUGGAAUUCAGCCAUCCAGGAUUUUACAGCCUUGUUAGAUAGACAGCCCAAAAAUUCUCAAGCAAGGACAUACCGAGGGAGAGCAUAUUUUAAACGACAUCUUUAUAAGCAAGCAACUCAAGACCUUUCUGUUGCAAUUCACUUAGAUCCUAAUAACUGGUUAGCACUGUAUUAUAGAGCCUGCUUAUUUAGAAAGAGUAACCCUUUUAGAGCACUCCAGGACUACAGUGUUUCAGCUCUCAUAAAUGAUGGCUAUGAGAAUUUUGGUUGUUUUCUACAUCGGGGCAUACUCUAUGCAGAUCUAAAACACUGGUUGCUGGCAAUUAAUGACUUUGAAACUGUUAUUUCUCUGGAAAGAACUAUUACUUUGGCUUAUAUAAACAUUGGUCUCAUACACCUGCUACACUUGAAUAACUACACUGAAGCCAUUUGGUAUUUUUCUGAGGCUCUUAAAUAUGAUCCUUCAUGCAUUCAAAGCUAUAUUUGUCGUGCAGAAACUUAUCAUAAGGUGCAUAAACUGAAAAAGGCAGUAAGAGAGUUGUCUCGUGCUAUCCACCUUCAUCCAGAUGGAAUCCAAUUGUAUAUAAUAAGAGGACAGUAUCUUCUUAAGAUGAAAUGUUAUGAUCUUGCAAAGUUCACUAUUUAUCAAGUAGCAGAAAUGAACAAAGGCGUCAUUGAUUUGAGUCCUAUACAGCAAGCUCUCAUUUACUCUUUUUGUGAAAACCAUGAUGAGGCCAUUCAGGUCUUGGACCGGGUUACUUUGACCAAGCCCGAUGUUGCCAUGUACACUCUAUUAGCGAAAGCCCAAAUGAAGGCCAAGAGAAACAAGGAAGCUGUGAGAAUGUUUAAAAAGGCGUUGGAUGCCUUUGCUCAUUCCAAUAAAGGACCAAAUUCCUUAGAGGCUUCAGUAGACUGUCUGUAUAACUUGGGUCUUUGUUACAUGGAUGAAGGCAACUUACAAAUGGCUUUUGAUUCUUUUACAAAAGCUGUGAAAACAAAUCCUAAUUUUGCAGAAGGCUUUUAUCAGCGUGGGCUUUGUAAAGUGAAACUCCACAAGGAUAGCUCGAUCCUGGAUUUUAAUCAUGCAAUUACCCUCGAUCCAAAAUAUUAUGAGGCAUACUUGAGCCGAGUAGCCUUUUAUGGUUUGAAAGGCAGAUACUCCAAAGCAAUCUUGAAUUGUAAUGAGGCCAUCAAAAUAUAUCCUCAUAGUGUGCGAGCUUAUGUCUACAGAGGUGUUCUGAAAUACCACAACAAGACUUACAAGCUAGCGAUUAUAGAUUUAACUACAGCUAUCAACAUGGACAAAAACUGUUAUAUAGCAUUUUAUAACAGAGCAUUGUGUUAUACCAAGAUAGGUGAACUUCAAAUGGCAUUAACAGAUUAUGGAAUUGUGCUGCUACUUGAUGCUGGAGAAACUGUGACAUUAAAUACCUUCAUUAAUCGUGGACUCGUCUAUGUAGAACUAGAGCAGUACAGUUUUGCAUUAGAGGAUUUUAAACAAGCUGCAUUGCUGACCAAGACGGACGUGAGCCUUUGUCAGGCGACUGCCAUGUGCCAUCACAGAAGCAAAGAGUUUGAAGAAGCUGUCAAUUUCUUCACCUGGGCUCUUAAAAUUGAUCCUUGUUUUGUGGAUGCUUACGUUGGACGGGGAAAUUCUUACAUGGAAUAUGGUCACAAUGAAGGCAUCAAACAAGCACAGAAGGACUUUCUGAGAGCACUGCAUUUCAAUCCAACAUCUACAAAAGCCAGAAUUAGUUUAGGCUAUAACUUGCAGACCCAAGAAAAAUUCCAGAAAGCUUGGAACCACUUUACCAUUGCCAUAGAAGUCGAUCCAAAGAGCUACCUAGCCUAUGAGGGAAGGGCUGUGGUCUGUCUUCAGAUGGGCAGUCAUUUUGCUGCAUUUCAGGAUAUUAAUACUGCCAUAAAGCUCAAUACUACGGCAGAAUUCUUAACAAACCGUGGUGUGAUUCACGAGUUUAUGGGUCAGCAACAAAAUGCAAUGAAAGACUAUCAAGCAGCGAUUUCUUUAAAACCCACAUACUCACUGGCCUACUUUAAUGCAGGAAAUAUCUACUUUCACCACAGGCAGUUUUCCCAGGCCAGUGACUAUUUCUCAAAGGCUUUGAAGUAUGAUCCAGAAAAUGAAUGUGCCACCAUGAAUCGAGCUAUUGCAAAUACAUUAUUAAAGAAGUAUGAAGAAGCAAAAGAAGAUUUUGCAAAUGUAGUUGAAAGCUGUCCCUUUUGGGCUGCAGUGUAUUUUAACAGAGCACAGUUCUACUGUUGUUUAAAGCAAUAUGAAUUAGCUGAGAAAGACCUAAGUAAAGCUCUGUCUUUGAAGCCUAAUGAUGCUCUGAUAUACGAUCUUAGAGCAGAAGUUCGUGGUAAAAUAGGUGUGAUUAAGGAAGCUAUGGCUGACUAUAACCAAGCCCUUGAUCUUCAAGAAUAUGCCCAGUGAUAUGGCUACAUAGACUGUGGUUUCUGCAGCAGCUCACACAACUGUUAAACCAGAAAUUGAAGUGUAUUUAUUGUUUAAAACAAAGGUUGCACUAUCUUCAUUAUUGUAUUCAUUAUGUUUAGUCUUCUAAUACAACCCUUUAAUGCAUUUUAACAACACUUAUAUUACUAAAAUUUUAAAACAUUUAGAUCAUUUCAUGUGUAUUUGAAACAACUCAAUAAUUGAAUUUCUUCAUGGGGCGCAGAAUGUAAAUGAGACUGUUUCUUAAGGAAUAUUAAUACUUCAAGUAUGUUCUUUAAAGUGAAAUAAUUCCUUUUGAAAUAAUACUGCAUAAUUGUAAAAACCUCAGCCUUUUUGCCAGUAUCUACUCAUAAUGUAUUCAACAGUAUCCAACUUAAAAAAAAUAAAUA